AUGACGGAGCCUGGUGAGCUGCCUGCAGGAAGUGCUGAUAAAUACUUCAUUGCAUCUGCUCUCGUGGAGACCUUACUGGGUUUAAUGGCUGUGUCACGUAGCACAGAUGAUCUGGAACACUUGGCCUCGGUAGACACAGGUGCAGCAGGGGUGCUCUAUACUGAGGCUAAGAAAGCUGCCUCCCUCGUGACUGUUUGUGGUGUUAAGGGGGAUUAUGUGCACAAGUCUGUGUUCAUCAUCUUUUUCCAAGGUGACCAGCUGAAGAACAGAGUCAAGAAGAUAUGCGAAGGAUUCCGUGCCUCCCUCUACCCCUGCCCAGAAACUCCCCAGGAGCGGAAGGAAAUGGCUUCUGGUGUCAAUACCAGAAUCGAUGAUCUUCAGAUGGUGCUGAACCAAACCGAGGACCAUCGCCAAAGGGUUCUGCAGGCAGCCGCCAAAAACAUCCGGGUCUGGUUCAUCAAAGUGCGCAAGAUGAAGGCCAUCUACCACACCCUGAACCUCUGCAACAUCGACGUGACGCAGAAGUGCUUGAUCGCCGAGGUCUGGUGUCCUGUGGCUGACCUCGAUUCUAUCCAGUUUGCUCUCCGGAGAGGCACUGAGCACAGCGGAUCCACUGUUCCGUCUAUUUUAAACAGGAUGCAGACCAGUCAGACCCCCCCAACGUACAAUAAAACGAACAAGUUCACUUCUGGCUUUCAAAACAUCGUUGAUGCUUACGGCAUUGGAACUUACCGGGAAAUAAAUCCAGUCCCCUACACGAUCAUUACCUUCCCGUUCCUGUUCGCCGUGAUGUUCGGAGAUUUUGGCCAUGGGAUCCUGAUGACGCUGAUCGCUGUCUGGAUGGUGCUGCGGGAAAGUCGUAUUCUGUCACAGAAGAGUGACAAUGAGAUGUUCAACAUGGUGUUUAGUGGCCGGUACAUCAUCCUGCUGAUGGGCCUGUUCUCCACGUACACCGGCCUCAUCUACAACGACUGCUUCUCCAAGUCCCUGAACAUGUUCGGCUCGUCCUGGAGCGUCCGGCCCAUGUUCUCCAAAGGCAAUUGGUCAGAUGCCCUGCUCGAGAGUACUCCUCUGCUUCAGCUGAACCCUGCCAUUCCAGGGGUGUUCGGUGGACCCUACCCCUUCGGCAUUGACCCGAUCUGGAAUAUUGCCAGCAAUAAGCUGGCCUUCCUCAAUUCCUUCAAGAUGAAAAUGUCUGUGAUCCUUGGCAUUAUCCACAUGCUCUUCGGUGUCACGCUGAGUCUUCUCAACCACAUCUAUUUUAAGAAGCCGCUGAACAUAUACCUCGGAUUUAUCCCAGAAAUGAUUUUCAUGUCGUCACUGUUUGGAUACCUCGUUAUUCUCAUUUUCUACAAGUGGACGGCCUACGAUGCUCACACGUCAAAGGAUGCCCCGAGCCUGUUAAUACACUUUAUCAACAUGUUUCUGUUCUCCUACAGCGACACCAGUAAUAAGAUGCUUUACCGAGGGCAGCAAGGGCUCCAGUGUUUCCUCGUGGUGGUGGCGUUGCUGUGCGUGCCCUGGAUGCUGGUAGCUAAGCCCCUGGUCCUUCGCCAUCAGUAUUUGAGGAGAAAGCACUUGGGCACGCACAACUUCGGUGGGAUCCGGGUGGGCAACGGACCGACUGAGGAGGAUGCUGAGAUCAUUCAGCACGACCAGCUCUCGACCCACUCCGAGGAGGGUGAAGAGCCUACGGAGGACGAGGUGUUCGACUUCGGCGAUACCGUGGUGUACCAGGCUAUCCACACCAUCGAGUACUGCCUGGGCUGCAUCUCCAACACCGCCUCCUACCUGCGCCUCUGGGCGCUCAGCUUAGCCCACGCACAGCUCUCGGAGGUGCUCUGGACCAUGGUGAUCCACGUCGGCCUCAGCGUGCGGAGUCUGGGCGGAGGCUUUGGCCUCUUCUUCAUAUUUGCUGCUUUCGCCACCCUGACAGUGGCCAUUCUCCUGGUCAUGGAGGGACUGUCGGCGUUUCUCCAUGCUCUCCGCUUGCACUGGUGA